CUGGGGAUUUCAUCGCUGGUGCAGCCUGGCCCGGCCACGAUGUCCAUGCACUUCAGCUCUCGGGCGUUCAGCUCGCGCUCCGCCGCCGCCCCGGGCCGCGGCGCCCAGGUGCGCCUGACCUCGGGGCGCCGGGGCGGCUUCGGCAGCAGCAGCCUCUACGGCCUGGGCACCUCGCGGCCGCGCGUGGCAGUGCACUCCGCUUAUGCGGGCCCGCUGGGCGCCGGCAUCCACGAGGUCACCAUCAAUCAGAGCCUGCUGGCCCCGCUGCAGGUGGACAUCGACCCCUCCAUCCAGCAGGUGCGCCAGGAGGAGCGCGAGCAGAUCAAGACUCUCAACGACAAGUUCGCCUCCUUCAUCGACAAGGUGCGGUUCCUGGAGCAGCAGAACAAGCUGCUGGAGACCAAGUGGGCGCUGCUGCAGGAGCAGAAGUCCACCAAGAGCAGUCGCCUCCCGGGCGUCUUUGAGGCCCAGAUUGCUGGCCUGCGGGGGCAGCUCGAGGCACUGCAGGUGGAUGGCGGCCGCCUGGAGGUGGAGCUGCGGAGCAUGCAGGAUGUGGUGGAAGACUUCAAGAAUAAGUACCAAGACGAAAUUAACCAUCGCACGGCUGCUGAGAAUGAAUUUGUGGUGCUGAAGAAGGAUGUGGAUGCUGCCUACAUGAACAAGGUGGAGUUGGAGGCCAAAGUGGACGCCCUGAAUGAUGAGAUCAACUUCCUGAAGACCCUCCAUGAGACAGAGUUGACAGAGCUGCAGUCGCAGAACUUGGACACGUCUGUGGUCCUGUCCAUGGACAACAGCCGCUCCCUGGACCUGGAUGGCAUCAUCGCUGAGGUCAAGGCCCAGUAUGAGGAGAUGGCCCACCGCAGCCGGGCUGAGGCUGAGGCCUGGUACCAGACCAAGUUUGAGACCCUCCAGGCCCAGGCAGGCAAGCACGGGGACGACCUCCGGAACACCCAGAAGGAGAUUGCGGACAUGAACCGGGCCAUCCAGAGGCUGCAGGCUGAGAUCGACAACAUCAAGAACCAGCGUGCCAGGUUGGAGGCUGCCAUUGCCGAGGCUGAGGAUCGUGGGGAGCUGGCCCUCAAGGACGCUCGUGUCAAGCAGGAGGAGCUGGAGGCCGCCCUGCAGAGAGCCAAGCAGGACAUGGCGCGGCAGCUGCGCGAGUACCAGGAGCUCAUGAAUGUCAAGCUGGCCCUGGACAUCGAGAUCGCCACCUACCGCAAGCUGCUGGAGGGCGAGGAGAGCCGGUUGGCUGGAGAUGGAGCGGGAGCCGUGAACAUCUCCGUAGUGAAGUCUACUGGUGGCGGUGGCAGCGGGCUGGCCUUCGGGGGAACCAUGGGCAGCAAUGCCCUGCGCUUCUCCAGCAGUGCGGGGCCCGGGGCCCUGCAGGCCUAUUCCGCCAGGACUGCUUCUACCAGCCGCAGGAGUGCCCGCAACUGAGUCCCAUUCCCCAGGCCACAGUCACAGGAGAACCCCAUCCGCGCCUCUUUUCCCUGGUCCCAAGACAAUCUGAAAAAUGAUAUCAGAAUAGUUUCCAAUAAAGCAGCCUCUUUGAGG